AUGAAGUGGCGAGCGGGAGGCCCUCCUUAUUCCUUUGCCCCUGGUUCCAUGUCAACAGGUUGUGAGGAGAUGGAUCUGCACAAGUUCUACACGGCUGUGGAGUACGGUGACGUGCAGACUGUGAAAAAAGGACUGGAGGAUGGAGUGGACAUCAAGGCUAAGAGAGACUGGGGAAAAUUGUGUGAGCAGACAUCCCUGCAUGUGGCCAGCACGUUCGGGCAGACUGAGGUGGCAGAGCUGUUGAUCCAACAUGGCGCUAAUGUGGUGGCUUGGGACCAGCACCAGUCCACUCCCCUGCAUCAUGCUGCUUACAAGGGCAAAACCAAGACUUGUGAGCUUCUGAUUCGUGCUAAGGGUGAUGUUAACGCCAAAAAUAAGGACUGGUGGACACCCCUGCAUAAGGCAGCUUUCCCAGGACAUACCGAGACCUGCAAGGCCCUGAUUGAUGCUGGUGCUGAAGUGAACGCCAGAAAUCAGGACAAGCACACAGCACUGGACCGGGCUGCUGGCUGGGGCCACACUGGCACUUGUGAGGUUCUGAUUUCCUCUGGUGCUGAGCUAAACCCCCCAAAUAAGGCCACACCUCUUCAUUGGGCUGCUAAAUACGGCCGCACCGGGACUUGUGAGCUGUUAUUGCGGAAGGGUGCAGAAGUGACUGCCAAAGAUGAGCGUGGGAGGACUCCAUUAAACUGUGCAACUGAUUGGGAGACUCAGCGUUUCUUGAAGGAAGCGGAGAGAAAGGCAGAACAAGAGAAGUCCUACCGCGAGUUGCUGCAGACGUCAGGCGGAGUGAAGGUCAACAGGUUUAAGGUGUUCCUGGGAGGGAAUGAGACAAAUGGGAAGUCAACACUGAAGAAAAGUCUUAGGAAGGACCCGUCAACUGAGGGACAGAGUGUGCCGUCUUCUGAUGAGGAGCUUUAUGACCCCACCCCUGGGGUGGAUAUUGAAACGUUUCCUAUUCCAGGGGUGGGGGAGGUCAGCCUGUGGGAUUUUGCUGGGCAGGCGGAGUACGCGGUAACCCACAAUAUGUUCAUGAACUCAGAGAACACCGUCUUCAUUGUGCUGUACAACAUCAUGGACAAGAGUGAGACCCAAGAAAAGCAGGUCCACUGGUGGUUGUGUUUCAUCAAGGCCUGCAACCCGGACCGGAAGCCUGAUGUCAUCUUGGUGGCCAGUCAUGCGGACAAGGUGAAACCUGACAGAGGACAAAAUCUAGCAGCCCGUUUGCUUAAGGGGAUGAAAGAAGAGUUCAAAGACCACCUCCGUAUCGCAGAUGAAGUGAUCCUGAUGGACUGUAGGAAGACUCGGACACCAGAGAUGGAAGUACUCAAGAGUCUGCUGCUCGAGAUGAGAGAGGCCUUGCUGCCAAACCAACGAGACAUGCCAGUGCUGUGUGCGAAGAUCAUGGAGCUCCUACCAGAGUGGGGUAAGAAGUGGACCACCCCCAAAUUCCCCGUGAUGAUGUGGCCUGACUAUGUCAGGGAGGUCAAAGGAAUCAACGAGCUUGUGACUGAAGACUUCCUCGAGAAAUCCACACAAUACUUGCACCAUCUGGCAGAGCUUCUGUUCAUCACCCCGGCCACUUCUGAUGGUAUCCUUGUCCUGAAGCCCAACUGGCUUGGUACAAAGAUCUUCGGCCCAGUCAUGGCACCAGACAACUUCCCCCUUCCCCGCAUAUUAAGGAAGCGUCGGACUCAGGACUACAUCCACAGGUCAGAAAUCGAGACAGUGUUCCAAGACAUUACUGAUGACGUGGAUCUCCUGAUCACCCUACUGGAAGAGUUCCAGCUCUGCCACUCCUAUGACGGACAGACCUUCAUCUUCCCAGGGCUGCUGACACAAACCAUGCCUCCUGACAAGUGGCAACUCACACAUGAGCUAAAGGUGGUCUACUUUGGGAAGCAAGUCCAGUGUGCCGACUCAACCGACAUGUUCUCCUCCGGGUUCUUCCCCCGAGUGCAGACCCGCCUGAUGAGGGAGCUGGAGAAUCCCCCGCAGCUGUGGAGAGAUGGCGCCAAGUGUGCCGACAGGGAUGUGGAAGGUCUGAUCAAACUCUCUCCGGACGGCCGUGCUGUCAACAUCUGUGUGCGGAGUGCACAGGGUGACAAGGGUCAGUGUAGCAAGAUGCUGCAGCAGCUGGAGAACAUCAUUGCUGAUGUGCUCUAUGAGUGCAGCCCUGGUACUGUCACAGUAGAGAAUGUGCUCAGUGCUCGUGCACUUAAGGAUCACAUGGAGGAAUUCUAUUCCUACAGCAAGGAGGAGAUCAGCAAGGCAAGAGCAGAGGGUGGUACAAUACAUCAUCACGACCUCGGGUUCACAGAACAGGUCAGUGACCUACUGUGUGAGGAGACCCCGCUCACCAGGUACCGCCCAGAGCUGGUCCAGGCCUUGCAGGAUGUGGAGCCAAUCCUGAAGCACCUGCAGGUACUCAACAUCCUGACGGCUGACGAACGCGACAUCAUCAGGGCUAAGAGCACGCCCCAGGAUCGCGCACGAGCGCUGCUGGACACCAUGGAGACAAAGAAGGAAGAUGCACUUCAGGUGUUCACAGCUUAUGUUGGCCCAAAAAUCUUAGACAGUGUGUUUCCCAACCUGUGCAUACACUGCUUGGAAUGCAAGCCGUGUAAGUACAAGUCUUAUGAUUCAUUUUUACAGCAGACUGAAAAUAGUCAAUAG